CAUCAUGGAAACGGAGUUCUCGAAGAGAGUGUAUCAGGGAGUCAGGGUGAAGCACACAGUGAAAGAUCUGCUGGCAGAAAAGAGGUCACGGCAGACGAGCGGCCCGCGCUACGCUGGUGUCUCAUCUCCUCCGAGUCCGUUUGUUCAAAUGACUGGUUCUCACAUGCUUCCGAGUUACUACGGCAUGAGAAGACCUUUCAUUGCAGACACAGAGUUUUGUUCCUCAACGAAACCCUUUUCUACUGAUGUCUACCCCUCUUCGCUAAUGGGAAAGUCUCUCUCGUGUGACACCGGAUGCGUGUCUGGUUAUUCCUCGCUUAUAGACAGCUACUACCCGGAGUCUUUUGGCGACUACCGCAGCACAUCUUUCUCCAGCGGAGGAAGUACGAUAUUCUCGCCCUCUGCAUUGUCUUCUUUGCUUCCUUCUUACUCCAGUGACUCAUCGCAUUAUUUGCUGAGGGACCCUUGGGAGCCCACGGGGAGCGACGGGGUGGAGGGUUUGUGUGGAGAUGCUCUGGCUCCCAUGCCCCUGUCUACACCCAGUUCUCUGGUCAACCCCGAGACCGUCAGCCCGACCCAGUUCCGCUCAUCAUCCCGGGGCUCUAGCAUGACGUCUUCACAGUCGUACUCUCUCCAUUCACUGGAUGAAGUCAAUUAUCACUCCUCGUUUCAAACCACCUCUGGCAGCUUUGCUUCCCUUUCAUUCAUGACUGAGCCUGCAUCCAAACUAGUGCCAGUACUACCCUCAGAAGAUACUGAAAAUGCCCCUUCAGCCUUGAGCGACAGCCUGGCUUGGGGCAAGGAGGACACUGCUAGCACUUGGUCACAUUAUGAGGUCAGGAGGGCAUUCUGAGAUUGAACUGGAAGGAAAUAAAGGCUUUCCAGCCUUGCAGAUCAACACCUCUUCAAUACACAACAAUUAGCACUCAAAUCUUUUUGCCAGUUUUACUUAGCUUAAC